GGGGAAGGACUCAGUCCAAACGCCAGUAGCUAUUAUAAAGACAAACCUAAAUCUUUCCCAAUCAGUCCGGGAAAGGAAGAAAAGGAGAUAGAAAGAAGGUGGCUCACAAGUAGAGAGGAAACCUCCUCUACUAAAGAAGUCCUGGUCUGGCACAGGCGUAGGUCAGCCCCCGGCCGGUUCCUGCUGCUGUGGAAUCCCCAGAGCCAAGUUCUCCAUGAACUUGCAAAGGGCUGAGUGUCCCCUUUCCCAGCGGCCACAACGCGGCCCCCGGGGCUCGGACAGAGAAGACGAGCUGCUGGAUAUCCAGCCCGAGGAGGAGGAAGAAGAGGAGGAAGAGGAGGAAGAGCGGUAUCUGCGGCGUCCGCAGCCCAACCCGCCGAAGGCACCGGAGAACAGCGGCUGCAGCAGCACCCCGCCGGGCACCAGGGACGGCGCGGACGGCGGGCGCAGCAUCCCAGCCCCGGACGUCCCGGGCGAGGUCGGGGAAGGGGGUGCACCGCUGGCGCCGGCCCCGGCGAAGCCGCCCUACUCGUACAUCGCGCUCAUCACCAUGGCCAUCCUGCAGAGUCCGCACAAGCGGCUCACGCUGAGCGGCAUCUGCGCCUUCAUCAGCGGCCGCUUCCCCUACUACCGCCGCAAGUUCCCGGCCUGGCAGAACAGCAUUCGCCACAACCUCUCGCUCAACGACUGCUUUGUCAAGAUCCCCCGGGAGCCGGGCCACCCGGGCAAGGGCAACUACUGGAGCCUGGACCCCGCCUCCCAAGACAUGUUCGACAACGGCAGCUUCCUGCGCCGGAGAAAACGCUUCAAGCGCCCACACCCGGGCGCGCAGCUGUGCUCGAGCCUGCACCCCGCGGCGUCCGCGGGGCUCCUGCUCUGCCCGGCCGCCGCCUCAGUCACGCCCGUCCCUGCCCGGCUCCGGCGGGGCCCCCUGCUGCAGCCGCACCCGCUGCGCUACAUCGUGCUGCCGGCCCCCGCCCGUCCCGUGUCGCCGCCGGGAAAAGGGGGCGCUCCGGGCCGGGAACCCGGCGGCAGGGCCAAGGGCUCCUCGUUCAGCAUCGACAGCAUCAUGCAGGGAGCCCGGGGAGGAGGCGCUGCGGGACCCCCAGCGGCCCCGUGGGGUCACUGCCACCUGUGGCACGCCCCUGCCGUGGCCGCUUCCCCGUGGCUGCAAGUGUCCGCGGCCGCCCGGACGCUAUUGCAACCUCAGCCGGACACCGUGAUCGGCUGCUUACCCAGUAAGAGCUCGUUCCUCGGUCAGCCCUUGGCCACUGCGCCAUUGGGGUGCCCAUCCGGAGCGGGCACCGGGCCGCUCUCCCUGGCGACUCCCACGGGCGGGGAGGCGAGAGCCCCCGCUUUCUGAGCCACCUGCCGGCCGUGCCCCGCGUCCCCCGACGGCGAGAGCUUCAGAGGCUGCUUGAAGUUUGUCUCUUUCUCCCUUCACCCCCAUCCUGUUCCAGGAUCGUGGAAAGAAAUUUGGAAAACGCUCUUAAAGUCAUUUAGACCUGUCCCCCCUAUUUUAUGGAUUCGUAAACUGAGAUCAUCGUCUAUGCCAGCUUCAAGAUUACUACUUGCUUAUUAAAAAUUCCCUUCCCGACUCUCUAGUGUUCUUGUUGAGCCUAGCAGUAAAGCACCUCUUUAUUUAUAGGUCGAUAUAUAUAUGUCGAUAUAUAUAUAUAUAUACAUAUAUAUGUAUAUAUGUGUAUAUAUACAUAUAUAUAUAUAAAAUCUUUCACUCCGCAAACCGUUUACAAACGAUACGACCUGAUGUUGCUUUUCUAGGGCAACCUUGGAGUACAGAGCCGAUUGCACGGAAUGUGACUUGACUUGGUGGGCUUUCCUCGUUCAGAUUUGGUUCCAGUGACCAAAUGUGGGAUAUGCACUUUGCAUUUUUCUAAGCUGCUUAAAGAUUUUUUUUUCCUUCUGUAAUUGAAAGAAAGAAAAACUUCAAAAACAAACAAACUUCCAAGCGUACAAGUUUCUUCUUCCAAGCCCUCUUUGAACCACGAGGCCAUUUUUUCAAAGUGUAUGAUACUUAGCCCCUCUGUUUCUUCCAGUCACCCAUCUGUAAUAUAACUAGAAUUUUUGAAUUUUGGAGUAUUUAUUUCUUGUGAAAGUGUUUUCGAUAUCAUACAUACACGCGGAGAUAAUAAACUUAUC